UUCACGUGGUUCUCUAUGAAAAGAAGCUCACUUGGGUGGCCAUGCUCAGACCGUCCAUGUCAAUGGUGUCGAUUUGGACCUUGGAUUUAUGGUGUUCAAUGGAGUCACAUAUCCCAAUAUGAUGGAGCUUUUCGAAAACCUUGGAGUUAAUGUGCAAAGAAGCGACAUGUCCUUCUCAGUGAGUUUGGAUGAAGGUAGGACAUGUGAGUGGGGGAGUAGGAAUGGGCUGUCCAGCCUUUUUGCCCAGAAGAAAAAUGCCUUUAGACCUUCCUUCUAUCGAAUGCUCCGAGAGAUAAUCAAAUUCAAACGCGACGUCUUGAGGUACCUUGAGCAACAUGAGAACAACCUUGACCUCGAUCGUAGUGAGACACUUGGACAGUUCAUCAAAUCACUGGGUUACUCUGAUGCAUUUCGGGACCAUUAUUUUAUCCCGAUGUGUUCCUCAGUUUGGUCGUGCUCCUCUGAACAAAUGCUCAACUGCUCUGCUUACUGUGUGCUCUCAUUCUGCCGAAACCAUCAUGCUCUUCAGCUAUUUGGGCGGCCACAAUGGUUCACCGUGAAGGAUUGCUCACAUGCAUAUAUUAAUAAGAUAAGAGUUGAAUUGGAGAAAUGGAGUUGUGAGAUAAGAACAGGUUGUGCUGUGAAAUCUAUUUUGACAGCUCCUGGAGGAUGCUCCAUAAUGACUGAAACUGAUACCAGUGAUACCUAUGAUGGAUGCAUAAUGGCCGCCCAUGCUCCUGAUGCUCUAAAAAUACUUGGACAAGAUGCUACUUUUGAUGAGACCAGAGUUCUUGGUGCUUUUCAAUAUGUCGACAGUGAUAUAUACCUUCAUCAUGAUGAUAGCUUAAUGCCCAAAAAUCCAACAGCCUGGGCAGCCUGGAAUUUUCUUGGGGUAAAAGGCAAAAGAAUUUGCUUGACUUAUUGGCUCAAUGUGGUUCAGAGUUUGGAGACAGAUGUUCCUUUUUUUGUCACCUUAAAUCCAUUUCAUUUGCCUAAAAAUGAAGUUAUGAAAUGGUCAACAAGUCAUCCACUUCCAACAGUUGCUUCUGUGAAGGCUUCACUUGAAUUAAGCGAAAUUCAAGGAAAAAGAGGAAUCUGGUUUUGUGGAGCUUAUCAAGGUUAUGGUUUCCAUGAAGAUGGAGUGAAGGCUGGAAUGGUUGCGGCAAAAGGUUUACUAGGAUCAGAAUGUGUUCUUAUAGAUAACAGAAAAAGAAUGACACCCUCUUUGAUGGUCAGGGGAGCACGGCUAAUUGUCACUAGAUUCCUGAAAAGUUAUGUCUCAACAGGUUACUUGAGCUUGCUAGAGGAAGGUGGCACAGUGUUUGAAUUUUGCGGGGCCAAUAAUAAAGAUGGCCUCAAAUCUAUGAUGAAAAUUCACUCUCCUUUGUUUUAUUGGAAGAGCAAUGAAUUUUUUUCACUAUUCUUGGACGAGACUAUGACAUAUUCAUGUGCAAUUUUCAAGGAAGAGAAUGAAGAUCUCAAAGCUGCACAGAUGAGAAAAAUUUCCCUUUUGAUUGCAAAGGCAAGGAUUACCAACAAACAUGAAGUUCUUGAGAUUGGCUGUGGUUGGGGAAGCCUUGCAUUGGAAGUUGUCAAACAAACAGGAUGUAGAUAUACUGGAAUCACACUAUCAGAAGAGCAACUAAAAUAUGCUCAAGAAAAGAUUAAAGAAACUGGUUUUGAAGACCAAAUUAAACUUCUUUUGUGUGACUACCGCCAGCUGCCAAAGUUUCAAAAGUAUGAUAGGAUAAUAUCUUGUGAGAUGCUAGAAGCUGUUGGACAUGAAUACAUGGAGGAGUUCAUUGGAUGCUGCGAGUCCUUGUUGGCUGAAGAUGGAAUUUUUGUGCUUCAGUUUAUAUCAAUUCCAGAUCAACGUUAUAAUGCACAUCGAAGAAGUUCUGACUUCAUGAAUACAUACAUUUUCCCUGGUGGGUUACUUCCUUCCUUGAGUAGAGUUACAUCAGCUAUGACAACUGCAUCUAGACUUUGUAUUGAGCAUGUGGAGAACAUUGGCAUCCAUUACCUCCAGACUUUACUCUACUGGAGAAGGAAUUUUAAAGAAAAUGAAAGCAAAAUUCUGAAGUUGGGAUUUGAUGAGAAGUUCAUCCGCACAUGGGAGUAUUACUUUGUGUACUGUGCAGCUGGUUUCAAAUCACGUACUCUUGGCAAUUAUCAGGUUGUGUUGUCUCGACCUGGUAACUUGAGUGCCUUCAGUAACCCUUAUGACAGCAUGCCAACAUCUUGAGCUUCCUUGACAAUAUGAGAUGGAUUUUGUCUGCCUUUACAUGCUGAGUUGUCAUCUGUACUUGAUCAUGAAGUUUGUUAUAAAACUUCACCUUUUUCACGAUCUGUAUGCAAACUUGAAUCACUGAUAAUUUGUAGACUCCAACUUGUUUAUGAGUUUCUCUAGACUCUGGUUUUCCAAGCGUCCAAGAAUAAAUGAUUUGGAUUUGCUUA